GGGGGGGGCGCCCCAGUGAGCGGCGGCCGAGCUCCCGCGCCCGCGCCGGCCGCCCGCCGCCAAACUUUGCGGCGCGCACACAUGCUCCAAGUUGGGCGCGGCGGCGGCGCGGGCGGGCGCUGAGGGCGGGCGGCGCGGGGCGGCCAUGAGCGGGCGGCCGGUCUCCCGCAAGCAGCGGCUCAUGGCCGCCGUGGGCGAGCGGGCGGCGGGCGGCGGCGGCGGCGGCGCGCCGCUCUCCUGUUUCAUCUGCGGCGGCGGCAUCGGGCGCGGCAAGGAGCUGAAGCUGCAGGUGAAGCAGCCGGCGGCGGGCGCGGGGGGCGCGGGGGCCCCGGCGGCGCAGCCCUUCUUCCCGUUCCUGCAGCAGCAGGAGCCGGCGCCCGGCGCGCGCGAGCUGUGCCCGGCGGACGGCUGCGUGCUGGUGUGCGCUGUGUGCCGCUGCUUCCUGGGCGAGCAGUGGGCCGCCUUCGAGCGCGCCCGCACGCCCGUGGACAAGCGCAUGUACUGGCUCAAGCGGCCCCACCAGUGCGACGCGGGCGCGGGCGGGCGGCGCGGGGGCGCGGGGGCCCCCCGCGAGUGGAACGUCGCCUACGCGCUGGGCGGCGCGGCCGGCGGCGACGACGACGACGACGAGGACGGCGGCGGCCCCCGAGUCUCCGCUGAGGAGCCUCGAGACUCGGAGUUGUCCGAGCUGUCGGACACCGACCCCCUCUCGGACCCGGACCCUGUCCCGCGCGACGCCUUGAGCCCCCGCCAGGACGGGGCGCUGGCGGCGGCGCGGACCGCUCUGGGGCCGGGGACUGGGCCGCCUCGAGGGGGCCGCGGCCAGGAGUGGAGGACGGCGGCGGCGCCAGGACCCCCUCCGGGACAGAGCGCCGCCGGGACCCCGGAGCUGGGAGACGUGGAGGAGGAGCAGGAAGGGGACCCCUCGAAGCUCCACGUGGACGGAGAGCCCAAGCCCGGCGGCAUCAGGCGCCGGAGAAAGGGCGUGGGGAGGCCCUGGGUCCCCGAGGCGCGGGCCAGUGUCCUGAGAGGGAUUCAAGGCCCGUGGCCAGGCCCUCCAGCCCCCGUGGCCCCUGCAGACGGCAUAAGAGGAGCCCCUCCGGGCAGGGCCGCCAAGACGCUGGAGAGCAGGCCCCUGGGGGAGCCCCGGGGAGGAGGCUACUGCCUAUCCGAGGACAGUGACAUCAACAUCACCAGCGAGGAGGAGGACCGAAAGGAGCCGUCUCUCCCCAGCUCCUGUGGUGGCCCCAAAGAGAAGGGAGCCGGUGGCGGUGUCCCCCGGGUUCCCCCAGAGAGCCGCGCUGCGCCAGCAGGGGGCCUCUGCUGCUACAUCUGCGGGUCGGCGCUGUCCCCGGCCUCCCAGCACCAGAUCCACGUGCAGAAGCAGGAGAAGCUGGCUCAGGCCCCCUUCUUUCCCUUCCUGUGGCUGCACAGCCCGCCUCCCGGGGCUCAGCCCAUCAGCGAGGGUGGCAGCACCCUGGUGUGUCCCUGCUGCUUCUCCUCCCUCAUGCAGCAGUGGCAAAGCUUCGAGCUGGCCAGCGUGCCCGUCCUGCAGAGACUGUACGUGGUGCCUCUGAACAGCCACGCCCCCGGCAUGGCCUCCAAGGGCAGGAGGCUCCCCAGGGAGGAGGGCGCGCCCUCGGGGACCCUGCCAGAGGCCUGCUACCUCUGUGGGGAGGACUGCACCCCUGAUGCCCGGACUGUAGCCUCCAGGAUCCUAAACGGCAACGCCAGGAGCACCAUGCAUUUCCCCUUCCUCAGCCUCCUGCCCUGCCCCCCCAACGCCCGGGGCCCCAACAAGCGCUGUGAGGUUCGGAGCUGCCCCAAGUGCUUCAGCGUCCUGGAGGACAUCUGGGCCCUGUACCGGGCCUGUCAGAAUGAGGAGCUCAUCACGUCCGUGCAGGCUUUCCUGGGCAGGUACCACCAGGCCUUCCCCGCCUCCGACCCGGCUCUCUCUGAGCUGCCCGCCUCCACCCAGGCCGGCGCCGCCGUGUCCGUCUGCUACAUCUGCGGCACCGAGCUGGGCCCCGGGAAGGAGUUCCAGCUCAACGUGAACCCCUCCAGCCGCUUGGGCGAAAAGGAGCCCUUCUUCCCCUUCCUCACCGUGUACCCGCCUGCGCCGCGCGCCAGGCCUGCCGACUCCACGGGCCUGGUGGCCACCUGCGUGCUCUGCUACCACGACCUGCUGGGCCAGUGGCUGCAGCACGAGGCGCGCAACGCCCACCACGCCGUCAGCGCCUGGUCCCGGCAGUACCAAGUGGACACGUUUGUGUGCUUCUUCUGCCAGCAGGAGAGGAAGCGGUGUCUGGGGCUGAAGGCUGUGCGGGUGGCCCGGCUGCCCCUGUUUCUCUAUACCCUGCGCGCGAGCCGCAGCCUGCUGGUGGACGACGGGCGGCAGCUGAUCAUCGGCGCCUGUGUGGAGUGUGGGACCCUGGUGUGUGCUGGCCAAGGGCUCGCCCGCCAGGGACCCGUGGGCUGGAGCUCCCCGGUGGCCACGGCGACAAAGGUCACCACUGCAUCUCUCGAGGCACCGGCAGCCACCCGCCCUCCCACUCAGGAGCCCGAACCCUGGCCGGGGACCCCAGCGAAAAGCCUGCUCAGAGGCCCCAAGACCGCCCCGGAGCCGGGGCCAGCCCGGUGUCAGCAGAGCAGCCUGGACGGGGCCGGGCCAGACCUGGCGGGCACAGGCAUGAGCCAUGAGCCCAAGUCCCCUUCACUAGGAAUGCUUUCCACCGCGACCAGGACCACCGCCACCGUCAACCCCCUCACCCCCUCGCCGCUCAAUGGCGCCCUGGUGCCCAGCGGCAGCCCCGCCACCAGCAGUGCGCUGUCGGCCCAGGCCGCGCCGUCCUCCAGCUUUGCCGCUGCGCUGCGCAAGCUCGCCAAACAGGCAGAGGAGCCCAGAGGGUCUUCACUGAGCAGUGAGUCGUCCCCUGUGUCCUCUCCAGCCACCAACCACAGCUCCCCCGCCAGCACUCCCAAGCGCGUGCCCAUGGGCCCCAUCAUCGUCCCCCCCGGGGGCCACAGCGUCCCGAGCACGCCCCCCGUGGUGACCAUCGCCCCGACCAAGACCGUCAAUGGCGUCUGGAGGAGCGAGAGCCGGCAGGACACCAGCUCUCGGGGCAGCAGCAGCGGCCGAGAACGCCUCAUCGUGGAGCCCCCACUGCCCCAGGAGAAGACGGGGGGCCCGGCCAUCCCCUCCCACCUGCUCAGCACCCCGUAUCCCUUCGGCAUCUCCCCCAGCUCGGUGGUGCAGGACUCCCGAUUCCCACCUCUCAACCUCCAGCGGCCGGUGCACCACGUGGUGCCGCCCAGCACGGUGACCGAGGACUACCUGAGGAGCUUCCGGCCCUACCACACCGCCGAGGACCUCCGCAUGUCCUCCCUGCCUCCCCUCGGCCUGGACCCUGCCACUGCCGCCGCCUACUACCACCCCAGCUACCUGGCUCCGCACCCCUUCCCCCACCCGGCCUUCAGGAUGGACGACUCCUACUGCCUGUCCGCCCUGCGGUCCCCCUUCUACCCCAUCCCCACCCCCGGCUCCCUGCCUCCGCUGCACCCCUCGGCCAUGCAUCUUCACCUCUCCGGGGUCCGCUACCCCCCGGAGCUGUCCCACUCGUCCCUGGCGGCGCUGCACUCGGAGCGGAUGUCCAGCCUCAGUGCCGAGAGGCUGCAGAUGGACGAGGAGCUGCGGCGGGAGCGCGAGCGGGAGCGUGAGCGUGAACGUGAGCGCGAGCGAGAACGGGAAGCCGACCGGGAGCGGGAGAAGGAGCGGGAGCGGGAGCGGGAGAAGGAGCGGGAGCGGGAGAAGGAGCGGGAGCUGGAGCGCGAGCGCGAGAAGGAGCGGGAGCGGGAGCUGGAGCGCCAGCGGGAGCAGCGGGCCCGCGAGAAGGAGCUGCUGGCCGCCAAGGCGCUGGAGCCCGCCUUCCUGCCCGUGGCCGAGCUGCACGGGCUGCGCGGCCACGCCUCGGAGGAGCGGGUCAAGGCCGCGGAGCAGCUGACCCCGACCCGCGCAGAGAAGCUGAAGGACGCAGGCCUGCAGGCGCCCAAGCCCGUGCAGCACCCCCUGCACCCGGCGCCCGCCCCCCACCACGCCAUGCCCAGCCUCCUCUCCAACCACGGCAUCUUCUCUCUGCCGGGCAGCAGCGCCGCCACGGCCCUGCUCAUCCAGCGCACCAACGAGGAGGAGAAGUGGGUGGCGCGGCAGCGGCGGCUGCGGCAGGAGAAGGAGGACCGGCAGUCGCAGGUGUCGGAGUUCCGGCAGCAGGUGCUGGAGCAGCACCUGGAUAUCGGCCGGCCGCCGGCGCCCGCAGAGCCCGAGCACAGGCCCGAGAGCGCCAGGCCGGGACCAAACCGUCACGAGCCGGGUAGCCGAGACACCCCACAGCACUUUGGCGGGCCCCCGCCCCUCAUCUCGCCCAAGCCCCAGCACCACUCCGUGCCCACGGCCCUCUGGAACCCAGUGUCCCUGAUGGACAGCACCCUGGAGACACGGCGGGCCCCCGAGAGCCACCCUCUGCACAGCCACCCAGCCCUGUUCGAGCCCGGCCGCCAGGCGGCAGUCCCGCUGGUGAAGGUGGAGCGGGUCUACUGCCCGGAAAAGGCGGAGGAAGGGCCCCGGAAGCGCGAGGCCACCCCCCUGGACAAGUACCAGCCGCCUCCACGGGAGGCAGGGAGCCUGGAGCACCAGGCCUUUCCUCACGGGCCUGGGCCCUUCCUGGCUGAGCUGGAGAAGUCCACCCAGACCAUCCUGGGCCAGCAGCGGGCCGCCCUGGCCCAGCCACCCCCCUUCGGGGAACUCACUGGACCCCUGAAGCCGGGCUCACCCUACCGGCCCCCAGCACCACGCGGCUCUGACCCCGCCUACAUCUUCGAUGAAUUCCUGCAGCAGCGCCGGAAGCUGGUCAGCAAGCUGGACCUGGAAGAGCGCAGACGGCGAGAGGCCCAAGAGAAAGGAUACUACUACGACCUGGAUGACUCCUACGAUGAGAGUGAUGAAGAAGAGGUCAGGGCCCAUCUCCGCUGCGUGGCCGAGCAGCCGCCCCUCAAACUGGACACAUCCUCCGAGAAGCUAGAGUUUUUGCAACUUUUUGGCUUGACCACCCAACAGCAGAAGGAGGAACUGCUGACCCAGAAGCGGAGGAAGCGGCGGCGGAUGCUGAGAGAGAGAAGCCCAUCGCCCCCGACGAUUCAGAACAAGCGGCAGACGCCCUCGCCGAGGCUGGCCCUGUUCACCCGCUACAGUCCCGACGAGAUGAACAACAGCCCCAACUUCGAAGAGAAGAAGAAGUUCCUGACCAUCUUCAACCUGACCCACAUCAGCGCCGAGAAGAGGAAAGACAAAGAAAAACUUGUCGAAAUGCUCCAUGCCAUGAAGCAGAAGGCACUGUCCGCAGCAGUGGCAGACUCUCUCAGGAACUCUCCGAAGGACAGUCCUGCUGUCUCCCUGAGCGAACCAGCCACGCAGCCAGCCUCUCUGGAUAUGGAAAAGCCGGUGGGUAUUGCUGCUUCCCUGUCUGAUGUCCCAAACGCCAUGGAGCUUGGGAGACUGGAACAGCUCCGGCCACAGGAAUUGUCUCGAGUCCAGGAGCUGACUCCUGCCAGCGUUGAGAAGGCCAGGUCGAAUGAGGCCCCUGGGGGCAAGAAGAACCUGAGCAUGAUGCAUUACAUCAGGGGCCCCGCGCCCAAGGACAUUCCCGUGCCACCGUCCCACAGCAUCAACGGGAAGAGCAAGCCGUGGGAGCCCUUCAUACCAGAGGAGUUUGCACAUCAGUUCCACGAGUCCGUGCUGCAGUCCACCCUCCAGAAGCACAAAGGGAGCGUAGCCGUGCUGUCUGCAGAGCAGAACCACAAAGUUGACACGUCCAUCCACUACAACAUUCCUGAGCUGCAGUCCUCAAGCCGGCUCCCUCUGCCCCAGCACAACGGGCAGCAGGAGCCCCUGGCCGUGAGGAAGGGCCCCCUCACACAGGAGACGGACCAGGACUCGGAAGAGGAGGAGGAGGAGGAUGGAGAAGAAGAGGAUGACGAGGAACCCCCCAGGCGCAAGUGGCAAGGGAUUGAGGCAAUUUUUGAAGCUUACCAGGAACAUAUAGAAGAGCAAAACCUGGAGCGGCAGGUGUUACAGACGCAGUGCAGACGGCUGGAGGCCCAGCACUACAGCCUCAGUCUCACAGCAGAACAGCUCUCCCACAGCAUGGCGGAAUUGAGGAGCCAGAAACAGAAGAUUGUCUCAGAAAGGGAGCGAAUCCAGGCAGAACUGGAUCACUUCCGGAAGUGCCUUGCGUUGCCUGCAUUGCAUUGGCCUAGGGGUUAUUUUAAGGGAUAUCCUAGGUGACGGUUUCCCUUGCACUAGGCUGAACCUAUAGUAUAGAAAUAUUAUCUAUUUUAUUACCUUGAAUAUUUAAUAUUUUUCACUGGGAGGUUUGAAGCUUAAAAAAAAUAAUAAUAAAGAAUGUGCCAUGCAUGAAGCAAAGGAUUCCAGACUCCAGAAAAAGAACGAACUCACCUUGACUUUAAUGCAACUGAACCACCUUUGUAAUUCAGCGAGCAACCAAUGUAGGACGUCGCCCAUAUAUUUUUUUAAAAGGCAGUUUUCUUCUUUCCCCAUGUCACCGUCUUAAAAUCUGAAAAUGAAGGCUCCAUUACCAACACUAAAACUUUUGUCAUUUAUAGCCCCUGGGUGCAUAAGAUUGGAUCAAACCGCUUUAGUUCUAUUUCUUGUGUUGCCACAUUACUAGGCCUGGUGACCCAAGCUUGCUUUUGCUGCAGCAUCGGGUGGGUCUCAUUCCUCCCCAAGACCGAGACCUGCUUCAGCUGAAUGAAGGUGGGUGCAUUUUAAGUGAAGGGCUUACUUGUUUUGGUUACUUUUCUGCAAAAUUUUCUUCAAAGCAACAGUACUAAAGCCUCACCAAAAGCAGGCUUUUCCGUGGAAAAGCUCUUACCUAAAGAUAACGCAAAGUCGACAAAACUGAAGGUACCUUUUUUAUUACUCCAUGGGGAGGGGGGGAGUGUACAGAGCUCUAUGUAUACAUAUAUUCACGCCCACUAAAUUGUUGCUGCAGUGGGGGUGUUUUCAUACAAACAAAUUUUGAGAGAAAAGUCAAAGGUGCUUCAGCCUUGUACUGUGUAUAUAUAUUAAAAAAACAAAGUUUUGUAUGUUUUUAUUACUUUAAUUAUUGUUAUAAAAGGCCUGCCAUUUUUAAUAUGUGGUUUUGGGGGAUUUCUGUUUGUUUUCCUGUUUUGGGGUUUUGUGUUUUGUUUUGUUUUUUGUUUUUCUGGGCAAAAAAAAAAAAAAAAAUGCAAAAAAAACUUGCUUUUAGUGUUUGUACUGCUGCUGGUCAGGACAUUAAAUAUUGAAGUGUUUUUAAAAAUUAAAGAAGAAGAAAAGUUAAAAGAGCUUACCACUGGCGCCUAUGCGAUCACUUCAUUUUUGAGUUGCACCAGAAAAUGACGUAGAAAGCCAUGCGUUACUUCUUACCUCCUCCUCUACCCCCUCCCCCCUGCUCUGGACAGCAAAUAGCAGUUACACCUAGUUGCUAUCAGUGAGGAGGGGCGAGUCUAUGGUGAACAAGACAGAUACUGGGUGUGCACCUAUGCAUGCACCUACAGGCAUGGGGCUUUUUGUAAAAGAACCUUUCAGGAAGUGAGCAGUUUCUGUGAUAGAAUUCGAAGGUGUCUUACAGCAGUCUGAGAACAGGUGCAAAGUAGAAACUCUAGAGGCUUUAUUUAGAUGCAGAGCUUUGUAAAAGCCUAAAAGUAGGAUAAACAAUAUCAGAGCUGAACUUCUCCUCCUUUUGAACUGACUGUGACAAGCACAGGAGCAGCUAGAAACUGAGAUAAUCAGAUCAAUAUAAAGCAACGGGGAAAUUUUUCCUCCUUGUCCCAGUUAACUGCUCAUUCAGGCAGGGUUUAAUCUAGAUCAAGCAAGUAUCUCUUGCCUGAAUGGGCUUGAACCAGAGGCCAAAGCAGCCAGUGGUUGGUCUGCCAGGGGAGAGGGGAUGGGAGGAGGUCUGAGCAUGAGCACGCCUCCCCUUUACCCAGGGGAAGGGCUGGCUGACCUUCAUGAAGGCUACUCACUGUGAUCAGUGGCCGCACCCUCAGCCCCAGACCUUAGCUGUGCAGAACAGCUUGCUGGCAGAUGGCAUUGUGUCGCUUUAUCUGUUCCCACACAGUUUGCUUUGUAUGUCUGCCAAGAAUCUUCCAGUUAUUAGCAAACUCAGACAAAAAGUGCCGCCAGUAUUAUCAGCAGUCAACAAGCGCCUUCCUCUCCACAGAAACGAUGUGACGAGAUCUAAGGGCUGUUCUGUGGGCCUCCCCUGCAAAGACAUUGAGAGAUCAACAUGUCCCACAGGUGGGGACAGGUGUUUAGAGGGAACUAUUGCCAACAAUCAGGGCAAAAUGUCACUGAAUUUCUCUCUUUAAAAUCUGCUUGCUGCUUCUGGUCUGAAAGCUUAAGAGCUACAUCUUAGCACUUCACUCCCAGUCCUCCUUUGCCAUCACAGAAUGUCUGAGUACUAGUACUUUUGCUGAUCAGCUUUGGUAAUGGCCUUGGCUUAGAAAAAGAAAAAAUGUAGAUCUAAUAACUUGAUGGGAAAGAAAAGCAGAGCCCCAUUCCUCCUCCAGCCCAGGGGCACUCCCUUGGUGGGGUUUGUUUAGCUGUCAGGGAGGACGUCCCUGAGCUAGUAGUAACUGCUUUUCCUCCUUCCCAUUGGAAACGCCACUAUCACCCUGCACUUGAGCUUCUCUGUCACUCCACCACACGUCUCUGGAGAUCUCUGAAUAUUCUUAGGUUUAAGAAGUAAAAUAACAAUCAGACAAUAUAAAUAUAAAUAUAAAAGGCAGCAUAAUAAACUAACAAAAAGGUAAAAUGUCUUUUGAAAACAAAUGCCACCACUAAGACACAGUACCCAAUAAUUUUUCCAUCCAAUAAUUCUAAAAUCUUAAAACAUUUUCAUCUCAUCUAAUUUUCUUUUCAAUUUGGGCUUAAAAAUGGACAAAUAAGUGCUCUCUGGAGAUUUUGUUCAGCUAUUUCAGACCGAGUUUAAAAGACAAAGCUCAGAAGAACACCAAAUUUGCUCUAUAAUUGAUCUUGCAACCUGUGUCAGUCCUCCACGGCCUCAUGUGCUUCCUACAGCACUGGCAGGAGGCGGCUGAGUUAAACUUGUGAGAGAGAGACACCUUCCAAAGCCAAAUCCCCAGCUUUGCAUUUAAUCAAAUAUUUAGAGACAAACCAGAGUGUUCCUCAAAACCUGGAGCUAUAUACCUGAUCAUUUGAAAAUGAAUUGGUUCUCUGUUUCAUAUAAUCAGAGCCAAACUGACAGUGAAAACAUUUCAUGAUAUAACCCAUUAUCUAAGAUAAAUGGCCAAGGUAGGGUUUUCAACAGUACAGUCUAUAUAUUCUAAAGGAAAUUUAAAAAAAAAAAAAACUAAAUUGGCAUUAAUAUUCUAUUAGACAAUAAAUACCCUUAAAGAAACUCAAAGAAUAUUCAAAGGAGCCCAUACUUCAGCAGUGAAGAAUUAAAAGAAAUCUUAAGUUUGUACAUGGAACGGUGUUUCCUAAAUGCUGCCGAAUCUCAGAAAUUACAUCAAGAUACUCCCUUUCCCUCUGAGCCAUGUUUUCUAAAGAGUAGAAAAUUCCAAGGAUCCACCACAAGAUGGAGAUGAUCAGCACAAGCCGAUUCUGUUACUCUUAAAUAAGUGUAUAUUAGCCAUUUAGCAGCAAUCCCUAUACUCUUUCAAGUAACCAAGCUAUUGACUUUCUUACUACUUGCAGUAGCCUGUCCCCAACUUUUGAUCCAGCACUUAACUUAAACUCCUUAACUCUGCCUAGACCUGAGGAAGACCAUGCUAAUCGGUUGUGUUACUUUGUAUGUACCCUGUGUUUAAUUGCUAGAACAGUAAACCAGUACAUGGGAGGGAGAGGAACAGUGCCUCGGUCACUCUGGGGGCAGUUUAGAUGCUGUGAAAUUAAACCUGUUCUAAGUGUACUUGUUUGAAUUAAUUGUAUUGUAAUAUUAUUUGUUGAAUGUAGUAAUUAGGUAUUUAUGAAUAUAUUGCUGUAAUUUCUGACAACAUCCAAAAAAAUAAAAUCUUCCUAAAUCA